GCGUCUCCGAGCGGAGCCAUGUGCCGCUGCGUGGCGUGUGGCUGCGCGGCGCGGGCUGCAGGGCGCUGCUAGCGGCCGGGAGCCCCCACCCCCAUGGCCGCCCCGCCGGAGUGAUUCGCCGUGCGGCUGCGCCCACCUGCCUGCCGCGCCCUCCGCCCAGGAAGUGCCCGGUGGUGUGCAAGGCUGGCCGACAUGAGGGCGUGACUCUCCGCUGCUGGAUUCCCGGCCCCCCGCGCCCGGAGCCCGCUGAAGCCCGAGCUGGGUCCAGCUGAAGCAGGACAGGAGAAGGAAGGAGGAGCGCAGCCGGAUCAGUUUUCAGAUGAAUAAGCACGGAGUGAGCACGGGGCUGUCAUUUUUCUCAGGCAGCGAUCUGAGAUAGGGGCGAGCUAGCUCACCUCAGCUGCCUGUGUGGAAGCAGAAUGUUUACCCUGGCAGAAGUUGCAUCACUUAAUGACAUUCAGCCAACUUAUCGCAUCCUGAAACCAUGGUGGGAUGUAUUUAUGGAUUAUCUUGCUGUUGUUAUGCUAAUGGUUGCCAUCUUUGCUGGAACCAUGCAGCUGACCAAAGAUCAGGUGGUCUGCUUGCCAGUAUUGCAGUCUGCUGUAAAUUCAAAAGCACAACCCAGCAUAUCAGGGAAUGCUGAUGUUACACCAGGAUUUGAAGCAACCACUGAUCAGGAUAAAGAAAUGGCAAUGAGAACAGUUUCCUUUGAAAGUGCGCCUACCAUAACACCAGACAUACCACUGAGCGGAACUACCUAUUCUCAGUUGCAAUCUACUGUAUCAAAUCAGGAGCCGAAGAAUGACAAACAGGAUUCUUCAGGCCGAAAAACCAAUUUGGAUUAUCAGCAAUAUGUAUUUAUUAACCAGAUGUGCUAUCAUUUGGCUCUUCCUUGGUAUUCAAAGUAUUUUCCCUAUCUUGCUCUCAUACAUACUAUUAUUUUAAUGGUCAGUAGCAAUUUUUGGUUUAAAUAUCCCAAAACAUGCUCAAAAAUUGAACAUUUUGUGUCUAUAUUAGGAAAGUGUUUUGAAUCCCCAUGGACUACAAAAGCAUUAUCUGAAACAGCAUGUGAGGACUCUGAGGAGAACAAACAGAGACUAACGGGUGCCCAGUCCCUGCCAAAGCACGUUUCCACUAGCAGUGAUGAAGGAAGCCCAAGUGCUAGUACUCCCAUGAUAACCAAGACUGGCUUCAAGUUUUCAGCUGAAAAGCCAGUUAUUGAGGUUCCCAGCAUGACUAUUUUAGAUAAAAAAGACGGAGAACAAGCCAAAGCCCUGUUUGAAAAAGUUCGAAAAUUCCGGGCCCAUGUGGAGGACAGUGACUUGAUUUAUAAACUCUAUGUUGUCCAGACAGUCAUCAAGACAGUCAAGUUCAUAUUUAUUCUUUGCUAUACAGCUAACUUUGUAAAUGAGAUUAGUUUUGAGCACAACUGCAAGCCAAAAGUGGAGCAUUUGACUGGCUAUAAGGAAUUUGAGUGCACACACAAUAUGGCUUAUAUGUUGAAAAAGCUGCUUAUCAGCUACAUUUCUCUCAUUUGUGUGUAUGGUUUUGUCUGUCUGUACACACUCUUCUGGUUGUUUAGAAUACCCUUAAAAGAAUAUUCCUUUGAGAAGGUCAGAGAAGAGAGCAGCUUCAGUGAUAUUCCUGAUGUUAAAAACGAUUUUGCAUUUCUUUUGCACAUGGUAGAUCAAUACGACCAGUUGUACUCCAAGAGAUUUGGUGUCUUCUUGUCAGAGGUAAGUGAAAACAAGCUACGUGAAAUUAGUUUAAACCACGAGUGGACAUUUGAAAAACUUCGGCAGCAUGUCUCCCGCAAUGCACAAGACAAGCAAGAGCUGCAUCUCUUCAUGCUAUCAGGGGUCCCUGAUGCAGUGUUUGAUCUGACAGACCUGGAUGUGCUGAAACUUGAGCUGAUUCCUGAAGCAAAAAUCCCAGCUAAAAUCUCCCAGAUGACUAACCUUCAAGAGCUUCAUCUCUAUCACUGCCCUGCAAAGGUUGAGCAGACUGCUUUCAGCUUCCUCCGUGACAACUUGAGAUGCCUUCACGUGAAAUUCACAGAUGUUGCAGAAAUUCCUGCUUGGGUGUAUUUGCUCAAAAAUCUCCGUGAGUUAUACUUGAUAGGCAACUUGAAUUCUGAAAACAAUAAGAUGAUAGGGCUUGAAUCUCUCAGAGAGUUAAGACACCUUAAAAUUCUUCAUGUGAAGAGUAAUUUGACCAAAGUCCCCACCAAUAUCACAGAUGUGGCACCGCAUCUAACAAAACUAAUAAUUCACAAUGAUGGCACCAAGCUUGUGGUACUGAAUAGCCUUAAGAAAAUGAUGAAUGUAGCUGAGUUAGAACUACAGAACUGUGAACUGGAGAGAAUUCCGCAUGCCAUUUUCAGUCUGUCUAAUUUACAGGAUCUGGAUUUAAAAUCAAAUAGCAUACGCACAAUUGAAGAAGUCAUCAGCUUCCAGCACUUAAAAAGACUUACUUGCUUAAAGUUGUGGCACAAUAAAAUAGUCAACAUUCCUUCCUCCAUUACCCAUGUAAAGAACUUGGAGUCACUUUAUCUCUCCAAUAACAAACUCGAAUCCUUGCCAGGCGCAGUGUUCAGUUUACAGAAACUCAGAUGCUUAGAUGUAAGCUAUAACUCAAUUGCAGUAAUUCCACUGGAAAUCGGAUUGCUUCAAAAUCUGCAGCAUUUGCAUAUCACAGGAAACAAAGUGGAUAUUUUGCCAAAACAGUUGUUUAAAUGUGUGAAAUUAAGGACUUUGAGUCUGGGGCAAAACUGUAUUACCUCGAUCCCAGAUAAAAUUGGUCAGCUCGUGCAGCUAACUCACCUGGAACUGAAGGGAAACUGCUUAGAUCGGCUACCAGCUAUGCUAGGACAAUGUCGGCUUCUCAGGAAAAGCGGGCUUGUUGUGGAAGAUCACCUCUUUGACACUUUGCCUUCAGAAGUUAAAGAAAUAUUGAAUCAAGACACAAGCAUUACCUUUGCUAAUGGGAUUUAAAUACAGGUGUAACUCCCAAGCAACAGCAAAUGCUAAUGUACAAGUUAUUACAAGAUCAUGAAUUUUAGAAAUACUGGAAUCUUUAUAAGAAAGAACUAUUAGCAGGAUGAUAGGGGAUGUAACUGAGUGUUCAGUGUUUGUAGCAUUUUAAAUGAUCCUUUCCAAUUUUUUUUGAAAGAAAAAACCCUUAAUCUCAAUUCUUUUUCUUCUAAAUUGUUUGUAACUUGGAUGCUGCCGCUUUUGAAUGUUUACAAAUUGCUUGCCUGCUUAAAGUAAAUGAUUGAUUAAAUUGAUGACCUUUUUCUUACUAUAUAA